AUGCGGUUGCCGGUUCUAAAGUUCUUUGCUGGGUUCUCCGCGGCCAUGGGCUCCCUGUUCCUCUCGUUCUCCCUCGGGACAGACUAUUGGCUCCUGGCCUCCGAGUCAUGUGACCCGGGAGAUCACACGCCCAUCAGGCUAAAGAGACUGACUGAGGGCAAUGCAAUAGCGAGCACUCCGACUGAAACUGCUCCCCUAUCAUUCCAUGAGGGAAUAUUCUGGAGAUGCACGUUCAAGAGGAAACUGGAUGACACAGUGUGGGCAUUUUGGAUCACCAAUCAGCCACCCUCUAAGACUUGCAUGCCCGCCUACCUGUUCACGCAUCCAGUUGGAGAGAAGACCAGUGGUGUUACAGCCCUGGAUCCUGCCACAGUCUACAGGGGUCUCUGGUGCAUUGUUUCUCUGCUGGCAAUUCUCAGUAUCCUGAUUGGUGGGCUCGUCACGGUCUGUGCCUUCCCAUUGGCCAAUCAACGUUUGUAUAAAGUGGGCGGAGCUCUUUUUAUAACUGGAGGUCUGCUGUACCUGUGUGUGAUGGUGAUGUUUGUGGUGUGGGUGCAGCUGUGGGACUCUCUCGAACAGUCGGUCUUUCGGCGCAGAGGUUCGGUCUGUUCCAGUCUCCAUCUCGACGUUCACUACGGCGUCUCCUUCAUGUUCGCUCCCAUAUCUGUCUUCUUCUGUCUCCUGGCUGGUCUCCUCCUCCUCCUCCUCCUCCUCCUCUUCAUACAGACACCCACGGGAGCAGGAGCAGGGAGCACGGAGGAGACAGAGCGUUCUGCGUUCACAGAAUGUAAUGAAUUCAGUACAGUAUAA